AUUUGUAGAAACUCCGAGCCCUUUCUCCUGGAAGGAGAGUUACUACCGAUCAGCCAUGUCCCAGAGCUCGCAGCCCAGGGAAUUCCUCAGCCCAGAGGUAAUCCAGCAUAUCUGGGACUUCCUGGAACAGCCAAUAUGCUCAGUUCAGCCAAUCGACUUAAACUUCAUCGAUGGCCCAUCUGAAAAUGGCCCUACAAACAAAAUAGAGAUUAGCAUGGACUGCGUCCGGGUGCAGGACACGGAGCUGAAUGACCCCAUGUGGCCGCAGUACACGAACCUGGGGCUCCUGAACAGCAUGGACCAGCAGAUCCAGAAUGGCUCUUCCUCCACCAGCCCUUACAACACGGAGCACGCGCAGAACAGCGUCACAGCCCCCUCACCCUAUGCUCAGCCCAGCUCGACUUUUGACGCUCUCUCGCCCUCCCCAGCCAUCCCUUCCAACACAGACUACCCAGGACCUCACAGUUUUGAUGUAUCAUUUCAACAGUCCAGCACAGCAAAGUCAGCAACAUGGACGAAUGACAGCAAAGACAACCAGUUUGCGUUUCCUGUGAACCUGUCAGGGACUCAACUAGAAAGACAGGCGGCUUUUGUGGAGCUCUCUGAACCUGUGGCUGUAUCCCAGAUUGCUGAGGACCCAAAGCCUCUGCAUGGGGCUGCAAGGUCUGACCUGCUUGUCUGUGCCUGUUACAGCAGACUCAUGCUGAUCAAACCAGAGCAUGACCACUUGGUACGUGCUGCUCAGCGCGCCCUGCGGCUCGGGGUGUGUGUCCGAGCUGUUCGCACGGUGAUGCUCGGGGACCGAGCGGGAGGAGUUCUUAUGUGGAGUGGGAACGCGGAGCUGGCACCGUCCUCCGAGUCGAGGGGGAGGUUCUGCCGCUGCCCGCG